UCCACUCUUUGGUAAGCAGUCAAACCUUCCAAUAAAGACUAGUUCCAGUAUGUGUAAUUAUUCAUCUCAAGAUGCUCAGAGAGAUAUUCAUUUACAGAUUAAGACAAACCCUAUCGUCUUCUCUGCUCGCCUAUCCCUAACCCUUAUCGAUUCUCUUCCCACAAAGCAUUGAAGUAGACGCAUGAAGUCCUCCACUCCUUUGCCGCAGGAAAAAUUCGUAGUUUUCGUUUUCUGAUUUUAGUCCCUUCACUCUUCCACAAGUCCUUCAAUCCAAACAGAAAAUAAAAACGAUCGACUACCCACCAUUACUUUCUCUGCAACAGUAAAUCUCCUUCUUCUCGACUCUUUAUCAAUCCUACUCCUUUUCAAAGGCCUCUCCUGCGUUUUCUCAUUUCCUCACCUCGCCUUUCUGUUUAGUCCUCUUGAAGCUCAAUAGCUCUUCUGCUGUUUCAUCAUCUCCUCGCCAUUUUCAUAGCUUUAACCUCCUCCACCAAUUCCCUCGUUUUUAGUACAGUCACUGAAAUUAAACCAUCUCCCAUUGCACUCUGUAUCUGAUGAGCAACCAUCAAACAUGGAUGAAGAGAACAAAAUGAGCAUCCCUUUCCUCUUCAGAUGCCCGAUUAGUCUUGAUCUCUUCACGGAUCCAGUGACUUUAAGUACAGGCCAAACGUAUGACCGGCCAAGCAUCGAGAAAUGGCUCGCCGGAGGCAACUCUACCUGCCCUGUCACAAUGCAGAGGCUCCCAGACUUCUCCGCCGUCCCCAACCACACUCUCCGCCAAUACAUCGACCGGUGGCUCCUCCGCGGCGUCGCCGACCACCGCAACUCACAGCAAGGUUCAGGCAUCCCGAUCUCCUUGACCAUUUUGAAAACCGGUCUUCUGUCUUCUGAAACGCCGCUCGCCGCGAAGCUUGAGGGGCUCAGAAAGGUCAGAGUUUUAUCAACUGAAUCAGAUGUUGGCAAGUCUUUUUUGAUCCAGUUAGAUUUCUUCCCAGUUCUCGUACAUUUAGUUUUCCAAUGCCCAUUAGAAAUAGCCAAUUUGGAGCUUGUUGAGCUCGCUCUGGACUGCAUUCUACGCCUUUCUCCAUCAAAUAAUUUGAACUAUCUCAACGUUCUGAAACAAGACGCCGCCUUUUCUUCACUUGUGGUUCUGCUCGAGCAUGGAAGUUCAAAGAUGAAAACUUUUUUGUGCAUUCUAAUCGAAGCAAUUUCCACUUCGACAACAACGAAGGAAUUAUGCAGCCUUCUCGGCCAAUCCCAGACUGUUCUUCAGGUUCUCGUCUCGUUGCUUUUACAGAGCAAAACCAACGAGCAGGCGUCGGACGCAGCGGCCGCCGCCAUGGCCGGCAUCUGCACAUCUGUCGAAAGCAGCCGAUCUGAUGCCAUUAAAGAAGGAGCUGUGGAGGGACUCGCCGAGUAUUUAUCGACAGGUGUUCGACGGAAUGCCUCCAACGCAUUGGCGGCCAUGGAGGUUUUGAUGGGAGAGGAAAACGGGAGGAAGGCCGGGGUUCACGUUGGGGCAGUGAGAGUAAUGGUGAAAUGGGUGUUUCGGGUGUCCUCCAAGGAGGAGGGGAGCGAGCGAGCCGUGGGAGCCUUGAUGGCUAUCUGCCGAGCUUCAUCGCGGGCGAGGAAGGAGGCAUUGGCGGCCGGAGCUGUGACUCAGCUCUUGCUAUUGCUUCAGAGCCAGUGCGGCGGGACGGCAAAGGCAAAAGCCAGAGCCCUUCUCAAGCUGCUGAGAUCUUCCUGGGAAGAAAACAAUGAGAUGUGAAGCUAACUUGGUUUUCAUUAUCAUCGCUGUAAAAUUUUCCUGCUUAUUCGGCCUAUACAUAAUUUGAUCCCCGUGACUUUAUGCUUACAUAGUCGUAUGAUAUUAACAUUGAACAAUAUAAAUUAAAUUUAGUUUUGCACAUACAAUAAAAUUGAGCUAUGUUCAUCAAAAAAGAAAAACUUUUCAGAUUUAA